UUAUCACCCGAUUCAUGGCUGUGUGCGGUUUCGGCUGACCAUUUCAUUUUUGCGACUGAUGUUUCAGACUCUUUUAACCAGCAAGCAUUCGGCAUUUACUUGCUGUAUAGAUCAUCGACUUCCACUGAAGCUAGCCAAAUGGUGAUUGUCAUUCGCUCAAAGAGAUGGCUCUUGAACACUGUCUGGUCGAGUUCUUUGCUCUGCACGCAAGGAGGGCUGGUAACGUGCUUACCGUAUCAUGGAAUGAAACUAUCAGGAAGUACGAGAAGUGGGUGCCAAUCACACUGGUCAACUACAUGAAUUCCAAGUACGAAGGGUCACUGGUGCGUUUCUUCAGUGCUCACACAGACACCUUCAUUUUCAUCGGCAAAAACAAGGUGCGUCUGCAACCUCAUUUUGACGCAGUGAGCCUUCUGAUGAAUCCAAAAAACAUGGAUAUUGUCCAAUUCUUUCUGGACCUUCUGCAGAAGAUAGGGGCUACAAGGGAGCAGCCAUGUUCAGCACGCAUUCUCUCCAAGUAUAUACAGUACAUGGACGAUGAUGCAAGACUGUUCUUUCAUAAAAUGUAUGCCAACAGCCUCAACAUAUUUUUCACCCUCAACGUUAGCCAUUUUCAUGCGACAUCACCUGACAGAUGCUUUGUAUCCUUGAGGUGGCCUGUUGCAGCUUCAAACUGUGUUGCUGCACACCUAAGGAAAUGCUUGCACAAAAGCAAUGCUUUCAACCGGGCAAGUGGGCUCAGCAUGGAGCAGCUUCAGCAUGAAGGAUUGGCAACUUGGCUUCCUGACCUCAGGCUGUACUUCAGCAAUGGAGCAAGAACAAAGCUGAAUGAUGUACUCAACUCUUACCCAAAUAUAUUCAAAUGGGAACGUUACGAAAAAGUGUGGCUUCGCAAAAAGUAUGAUAAGUGGAAGGAUGCAUGGAGUGGCACCGAGGAACUCUUACUCGCUGUCCACUUCAUGGAACUGCUGAAAGAUAUAGGUGCGGUGCAAUCAAACCCAAUAUGCUUUAACUACAUCCUCUGCAGCACACAUUCUGUGCCUCAGGAGUGCUCAGCCUAUCUUUACGCAGUUUUUCCUGGCACUGAUCUAAUCGAUUUGUUUCAUCUGCACCCCGACAAGUUCGACCUGUCUACAGUCAACUGCGUAUCAUUGAAGUGCGGCAGUGAUGAGGUCGAAACGAAAAGAGGCCCAGAACUCCUGUCAGCCUACUACGCUGCCCAGCUGCUAAAGUAUGCCCCAAACCUGACACCUGAUCUCUUCAGUAUCUGUGCAGAGCACGCUACUAAGGCUGUGAAGACCUAUUGUGCAUCUACUGUUCGACAUAGACUUCACACAGUCCUUGAUUCAGGACGAGAACUGCUUGCCAGUGGUGCCAUUGAUUGCACAAAACCUAUCGACAUGAUCAAGUCCAUCUGCGGAACUCCUGCUUCUAGAGUGACCAAAGACAAUGGUUCACAAAAAUCCAAAUCUUCACGUUCAAAACACCACAUUUCUGUACCAGAAAAAGCUUCCACAAAGCUGUUUAGUCAAGCAGAAGAGGCUCCGAUCUUGUCAAGUACCACAGAAACAGAGCAUUGUGUGCCAAAUAUGCAAACACCCAGAACAAGCUUGCCAGUUUCCACUUGUGGUAGCUUAACACUCUCAGAGACAAUGAAACCACAGGAGAGGUGGGUAAAACCAGGAAGCCAAGGUGAACUGAAGGAAAAUGUGGCUACACCUCUAGUGAGGUCCCAUUCACUUGUUGUAAUAUCCACAUCAUACAGUGCAAAGCUCCUGUCCCAGGAUGCUUCACGUCGAGAAGACUGUGCUCCCAGGUUGAAGAAUGACAGCUUACAGUCUGCAUGUAUGAAAAGGUCAAACUCUCUUGCAUGUCUGGCACUGAACAACUCUGCUCAUCCAGCUGCAUUGUUGGUAGCUAACAGUGCAGAAGUGCAGAAGAAAUCAUCCAUUGCACAGCCUGCUAGCAGUGAAGCAGAAAUUUUGUCACUGUCAACUUUACCUGAAACCACCAGUAGCUCAACAGAAUGCAGCAAACAACUGAUAAUAAUGACUGACAAGAAUGCGGAGGCAACAAAUAAUGCAGACAUCGAUAAUUUCCCUGAUCUCUCAUCGGACUACGUCUACAGCAAGAUGGAGUCCGUGUUGUCAGAAUUCAUUAAGAAACGACUUGAAGGUAAUCCUACUCACUCAGAGAACUUCACAAGCCUGCAUGAAGCUGUGAAAAAAAGUUUCGGAGCUGUGUGUAGUUAUGAGAUCCACCUGGCUGUGCUUUUCUGUGUGGGAACACUCAGUUUUGAUGGAAAGAACAUACAUUAUCACCCCAAGUAGCGGCAGCAUUGCUUACUUUCUUCCUGUGGUUGUUAAUAGGCUGCUUUUCAAGAUUGCCUACUGAAUUUUCCUGAAAAGCAUUAAUUUAUUUGUGAAAAGCCAGGGCAACUGAUUUCUGUUGUAUAACAUUAAAAAGUGUAUU